UGUUGGGCCCACGUCUUGAACUCUCCUUGUUCCAGGGUUCCUAGCAUAGUCAUGGAUCAACCCUCAACAGCUGAAAAGGGUCAAAAUGACUCAGACACCAGUGACUUGGAUGUGCUCUCUCGCCCCAGCUCAUCAACCCCACACCACAGGCCAGGCCAUAGUGGAGGCCACCGCCAUGAUGAGUCCCAUCACCAUGGUGAGUCCCAUCACCAUGGUGAGUCCCAUCUUCAUGGUAUAUCCCAUCAUCAUGGUGGAUCUCACCACCUUGGUGACUUCCAAGACUUCCAUGACAAUGCCUUCUCCCGCCAUUCCCACCACUCUCCCCACUCCCACCAUUCCACCCACCAUGGAGAGGCCCGCCAUCAUGGUGGAACCCACCACUCCACAAACCUUGUCCUGCCUCCUUCCCAUGGCACUGUCUUCUCCCACAAUUCUCAUGGUGAGGACCACUCUGAUGAUGAGCACCACCACGGUAGCAGAAAAUAUAAUGGUAGGCCUCACCACCGUAAUGAGUCCUACCUCCAUGGGGGCCCCUCCCACCACGGUGAGUCCUACCUCCAUGGGGGGCCCCCCCACCAUGGUGAAUCCUAUCACCCUGGGGCCCCCCACCACCACGGUGAGUCCUACCUCCACGGCGGGCCUCACCAUCAUGGUGAGGCCUACCACCAUGGGGGGCCUCACGAUCGGGGGGGGCCCCAUCACCGUGGUGUGUCUCACCACCCCAGUGAGGUUUCCCGCCAUAGUGGGCUCCAUCACCAAGGUGAGCCUUACUACCAUAAAGAGGCCUACCACUCCGGGGGCCCUCACCAACACAUUGAGGCCUAUCACCAUGGUGGGCCCCAUCACUAUGAUGCUUACCACCACGGCGGGCACCAUCAUCAUGAAUCCCCCCACCACAGAAGGCCUCUUCAUCAUGGAGAGACCUAUUCCCACCAUUCCUAUGUGGGGUCCUACCACGAUGACAUACCUAACUACCACAGCGAGCGCCACCACAGUGAGCAACACAAUGGCCACCAUGGCUACCACGAUGAGCACCACCAUGGUGAGCACCACCACAGCGAGCACUACCGUGGUGAGCACCACCACGGCCACCACGGCUACCACGAUGAGCACCACCGCGGUGAGCACCACCAUGGUGAACACCACCACGGUGAACACCACCAUGGCCACCAUGGCUACCACGAUGAGCACCACCAUGGUGAGCACCACCACGGUGAACACCACCACGGCCACCACGGCUACCAUGAUGAGCACCACCAUGGUGAGCACCACCCCGGGGAGCACCACCCCAGCGAGCACCACCAUGGCCACCGUGGCGAGCACCACCACAGGGAGUAUCACCGUGGUGCACAUCCUUACGAUUAUCUCCACAGUAUCGGGGCGCAACAUCAUGGUGGCUCCCAAGUCUUUGGCCCACUCAAGCCCCACAGCAUGGCCAGAGCCUCCUUUGGCUCCACCUAUUCAAUGGCCCUCCAACCGAACUUGACCCGUUCCCACAGUAAAAUUCGCUCACAUGCCUCCCAGGUCUCUAGCGAAGUCCAUCCUCAGGAUUCCUCCUCUAAAUCCUCGGAAAGCUGGGCUGAAGAAGAUGAGCAAUUUCAGAAGCACGAAACUGGCCGGCCGCAGCGGUCCCAUAAGAAGCUUCAUACUAUGGACUUCUCCAAUUGGUUGUGGGAAAAAUUAAGCUACUUCAUUCAAGGCCUCCGGAGCAUGCUCAGGAACCUGACUCAGUCCCUGGCCUUUGAAGCCUUCAUCUUCCUCAUCGUGUGCCUCAACACCAUCAUGCUAGUGGCCCAGACCUUCGCUGAAGUCGAGAUCCGGGGCGAGUGGUACUUCAUGGCCUUGGACUCCAUCUUCCUCUCCAUCUAUGUGAUAGAAGCUCUGCUCAAGAUCAUCGCCUUGGGCCUCAAGUAUUUUUCUGACUCCUGGAACAAUCUGGACUUCUUCAUCAUGGUCAUGGCGGUGCUGGACUUCCUGCUCAUGCAGCUCAGCUCCCUCUCCUUCAUGCGCGUCAUCUACCACCAAAGCGUCUUCCGGAUCUUCAAGGUCUUCAAGAGCCUGCGGGCCCUGAGGGCCAUCCGGGUCCUGCGGAGGCUCAGCUUCCUGACCAGCCUCCAGGAAGUGACCGGGACCCUGGCCCGGUCCCUGCCGUCCAUCACCGCCAUCCUCAUCCUCAUGUUUACCUGCCUCUUCCUCUUCUCUGUGGUGCUCCGAGCAUUGUUCCGCCAAUCUGACCCCAAGCGCUUCCAGAACAUCUUCACCACCAUCUUCACCCUCUUCACCCUGCUCACCCUCGACGACUGGUCCCUCAUCUACCUGGACAGCCGGGCCCAGGGCGCCUGGUACAUCAUCCCCAUCCUCAUGGUCUACAUCAUCAUCCAGUAUUUCAUCUUCCUCAACCUGGUGAUUGCUGUCCUGGUGGAUAACUUCCAGAUGGCACUGCUCAGGGGCCUGGAGAAAGUGAAACAGGAGAGGGCCGCCCAGAUCCACGAGAAGCUGCUGGAUGACUCACUGACGGAGCUCAGGAAAGCAGAGCCUGAAGAGGAGAUGGGUGAACACGCGAUACGGAAGCAGCUCAUGGAGAAAAAAUUUGGGACCAUGACUGAGAAGCAGCAAGAGCUCCUGUUCCACUUUCUGCAGCUGGUGGCUGGGGUGGAGCAUUAUCAACAGAAAUUCCGCUCCCAGGCAUCUGUCAUUGAUGAGAUUGUCGACGCCGCAUUUGAGGCUGGAGAAGAGGACUUCAGGAAGUGA